CAAGACGCCGGAAAGAUUUAAUCAGAGCUCACUACUCCACCACCUCCAGAGAGGGAAGCCCCCCCACGCGUUGCGCGCCUGGAUCCCCGCGGCUUUAUAUAUAUAUUUAUUUAAACACACGUUCUCGCAGCCCGGGUUUGCGCGUGUACGCGCACGCGGGGCACCUACACGUGUGUUUAAAAAGACCUAAGUCCUCAACAGUUGCCACCAGAUAGAAGGAGAGGGAGGGAGAGACGGCAGACUGAGGACCGGACGGACGCCGCUCUGCCCGGCUCUGCUCCUGACAUGCAGUCGCUCAUUUCUCCGGUGACCAAAGCCAUCCUAGUUGCGCUCUUCAUCUUCGCCAUCCUGCUCAUCCUCUAUGUGAUCCUCUGGUACAUCUGCAGGGACGUGGACUGCGACCACGGAAUUUGAGGAUUCCGUUAAAGCAGGAGGGGGGGUAGAGCUGGAAAACCCCAAUGGAGCGCACAGAGUCCUGCCUCAUCCCCUCAGCAAGGAUGCGAGGAUGCAUAACUUCUUAUUGGAAAACGUCCCAAAGGCGGUGCAGAUUGACAGAUUCCUCUGCUGCAGCUGUGGCUGAUGCACUCUGACCAAGAUGUGGGCUCUUUGGUUUCCUCUACUGUCUGCUUUCAAGCUGUACCUGCUUGGCUUUAAGGUUCUUCUGGCUCAGCUGUUAAACACACCUUUAAAACUACCAGUGAUGCCCAGACAAGAUGGCAAGGUUGCCAUAGUGACAGGAGGUGGCAGGGGAAUCGGCUAUGAGGUUGUCCGGCACCUGGCCAGACUGGGAGCACAUGUUAUUAUAGGUGGAAGGGAUGAGCAGGAGGGUCUUGCUGCCAUCAAAAGGAUUUGUGAAGAGUACAAGGAGGCCAAAGUGGAGUUUGGAAAAUUGGACCUGGCUUCAUUGCAAUCGAUCCGUCAAUUUGCUGAAAGCUUCAAGAAGAGGAAGCUGCCACUGAAUAUUUUGGUAAACAAUGCUGGAUUGAUGCUGGUUCCCGAGGGCCGAACUGAGGAUGGGUUCGAGCAGCACUUUGGUGUGAACUACUUAGGUCACUUCCUGUUGACCUGGCUCCUCCUGGAUAAACUGAAGGAUUCUGGGAAGGCGGGGCACGUCUCUUGUGUGGUCAAUGUGUCGUCAUCGGCUCAUUCUAUCGGGGAAAUCAGACUGAAUGACUUAAACAGCUGCCAACAUUAUUCAGCUCAUGCUGCUUACUGUCAGAGCAAACUUGCCCAGGUUUUGUUCAGUUCCCACCUCCACCAGGCCAUGCAGAGAGAAGCUUCUCCAGUGGUUUCAUACGCCGUGGAUCCAGGGAUGGUGGAUACUGCUUUAUAUCAACAACUCUACACGCCUUUACGUGUGGCACAAAGUCUAAUCGCACGGCUCCUUUUCAGGACUCCUGCAGAGGGCGCUGCCACUGUCCUGUCCGCUGCUUUGUCACCAUCCCUGAAUGGGGAUACCGAAGGAGGCUACUGGGCCAACGGGCGAAGGGAGAUGACAACCCCGCCAACAUUUGACCCCCAGCUGCAGCUGAGUUUAUGGGAAAUCAGCCUCCAGCUGCUGGGAUUACAAUAACAUGGGACACUAAAAUGACCAACAGGACUAAACCUAUUUUAAAGCAUCACAUAAAGACCUUAAAAACGGGCCUACAUUCUUUCUUAACCUUUUUUAUUUUUAUUUUUUUCCAAAUCUCAUGUGAAGGUGGUGGCUGCCUGGAUUGGACUGUGGUUGGUUGUUUGAAGUUUGGCAGGCUGUUGAUUCAGACCUGUUCAUGAAGGGCUAAAGUUAAUGGAAGAUGUCUUUAUGUCAUGUUGUUUUAUUUCUAUUUAAGCAAUCAAUAUAUGCAGACAUGUAGUGGAAUUGAAGCAGCUGCCAUGUGCUGCUUAAACCAGACAUAGACUUCGCCAUCUGGCAUAAUUUGAAGGAACAAAACUUAGUGUCAUUAAAUGACCCUUUGCUCAAUCCAACGCUUAAGUCUAGGAUUCAUAUUUUCUGAUGAGGUUUAAACGAAAUUGUGCAUAUAAGUAAAAUAAUGUUUGAAGUUAGAGAUUUACAGAUAAACAGACAUGAUAUUUAUUUGACCAAAUGUGUUUUAUUGUGGAUGGAAAAGCAUUUUGUGCUGAUUUUAGAUGUGGUUACUUUAAUGCCACCGUUUUUCACUCAAAGCACUUUGUUUCUCUCAAUCUCGAACCUUUGCUGCAUAGUAGGAUACAUUUCUAUAUUCCUUAAUUCACUUUAGGUCAAAGACAUUUCUAAGCACUCAAAGGAUCUAGAAGGAAAUUUGAAAGAUCCCAAAAAAUUCAAACAAUCUUUCUCCUGUCUGAUUGAUUAAAAACGUGGAAGAGAAAUUAUUGUAAAUCCUGAAUUUUUAAAUGUUUAUUUUUCUCCAUCUUUUCAGAAAUAUGAAGGAAAGAAUCUCAGAACCACUGUUUUUAAAUCAGUCGCCAGUUUCCUUUGGGUCCGUCUUAUUUGCUUUUGCACUGAGGUCAUGUGCGUAUGUUACGCACAGACGUCUGGGAUUAGUUCUUCUGGAACCAACACUUGCUGAUGGACAGCUAAACAAUAUUCUGAGCUGGAGGAAGGGGAAAAAGAGACACCUUUUCUGUUUUUGUUUUGCACAAACUGUGAUCAGUUACCCAUAGCUGCAGCUAAUGCUGCUUCCUCAUUUGGCGCCACUCCCAGUGCAUUAUGGGAUUGAAAAAUCCCUGUGGUGAAAAUCAAAAUAUCUGGUGAGCUGACACAGACGCUCACUAGAAAACACUGGAAGCAGCACAUCCAGGCUCACGCAGCAAACAAACACAGCUGUCUCUCAUGCAGGAAUAAACCCUCCCACAAGUUUCGCCAUAAAGCCAUCUCCACUGUGAAUAAUGCAGAAAGAUCAAACGUUUAUCUCAAAUUUACGUGUCUUGACUAAAUUCUUUGCCAUUAAGCAUCAAGCCUUUUAUCUUAAUUUGCUGUGUAAAAAGCAAUAUUAUCACUGUGGCGGCUAAUUUAGCUACUGGCUCAGACAUUCAAAACAGAAGCAGAGUGGGAACGUGAAUGAAAAAAAAGAAGAUGCCUCAAGUUCCCUCUAUAUCAGGAAUUUGUUCAUCUAUGUCUAGAAAAGUGUUUAAUGAAAAUCUUUUAAGUAUUAUUUAUUUAUAUAGAGAAGUUGUUCACCUUUUCCUUAAGCAGGGAAUAGAUCCUUUUAGGGAUGCAGCUCAUAAAAUCCCCAGAUAACUGUGAGUACACACUGAAUUUAUUACCCGUCCAUAAAUGAGAACAUAGAUAAUGGUGUCUUCUGUCCUUUUCUUGUUUAUUUAUCAGGACAGAUAAAGGUAGGUAGGGGACUUCCUUUUACUGGUCUGAUGUUUUUGUAAAACUUAUCAGAUUUCUGACAAACCAAAAGUU